AUGAGGCUUCUAUUACUGCUUUAUGUGCGUUUCCUGGCAAUAGCUUCCAAGACAUCAGUACAAGAAUGUUUUAACGAAGCUGCUACCAAGUACAUAACUUGCAAACCUGUCCAUGGAAGACCAGCUGCUUGUGACUGCACAUUUAGAGAUCCAUGCUAUAUUAAAAUGAUCGUAAGCCGGCGGAGAGUUUCUGGUGUUGACAAAUUCCAUUAUCUUAUCAAUCAAACAUUCCAAGGCCCAACUAUUAUUGUGAAGCAACAUGGGAUUGUAGUCCUUGAUAUUUCCAAUGAAAUGGACGAAGACACUGCUAUACAUUUCCAUGGACUCCGGCAGCGUAAUGUUCCAUGGAUGGAUGGUGCGGGAAAUGUUACCCAGUACCCUAUACAAGCUCAUGGGCGAUUCAG